AUGGUUGAUGAUCGGCUCGGUGGUCUUGUUCGUCCUCGCAGCGGUAUCAGCGGCGGCGCGAUCAAACCUCCCGUGAUGAUUGCUGGGCGAUCAAUCCAAGGAGUUGAGGUUGCCGGUAUCAAUGUAAUGAUCGAUAUGAUCGUUAGCGAUAUGCUACGAGGAAACUUCAUGGGUAUGAUCUUCGCCGUGUUCACCGUCGGCACCUUCCUUGGCCCAUUUAUUGGGGGUGUUAUUGUACAGCAUAGCUCCUGGAAAUGGGUUUUCUAUCUCAACCUUCCCAUUGGCGGAACGGCGAUCGUCUGCCUGUUUUUCUUUCUCCAUGUCAACUACCAAAAAGAGCCAUGGCAUGAAAAGGUCAAGCGGAUCGACUAUACUGGCAAUGCACUUCUUAUGACCUCUAUUUUCUUUAUUCUCCUCGCUCUCACCUGGGGUGGUACUACCUACGCCUGGUCAAACUGGCGGAUCAUCGUCUGUUUACUUCUCGGUCUCAUUGGUAUGAUUCUAUUCCACGCUUUUGAGGCCAGUCCAUUGUGUCGGGAACCCAUGAUGCCACCAUAUAUAUUUCGACACCGCACUUCAUUCAUUGCCUUGGUUGUGUCCUUUGUACAUAAUAUGCUUACGUUCUUGGUGAUCUACUUUAUACCCGUGUACUUCCAGGCUGUGAAGCUUUCUACCUCUACUCGCGCCGGUGUACAGUUUCUACUGAGUGUGAUUCUCGCUGUGCCGACUGCCAUUGUUGCAGAUGGCCUUACUAAAUAUGACCGCUAUAAGCCUAUCCAUAUCUUCGCUUCGGCUGUGAUUCUCCUAGGACUAGGUCUCUUUACUCUCCUCGAUGCCGAGUCAAGUGCAACAGAGUGGAUCAUUUUCCAAAUCAUCACCGCAAUCGGCUUGGGUCUUCUGCACAUAAGUACGCUAGCUGCAGUGCAGGUUCCCUUAGAAGAAAAGGAUGUUGGACUCGCUACGGCGACAUGGGCGUUUGUUCGCAGUCACGGUGCUAUCUGGGGAAUUGCAAUUCCAGCUGCUAUUUUUAACACCGAGUUUGCGCGCUUGUCGGGUCGUAUCUCAAACCCCGCUGUUUCGGCGCAACUUGCGGGUGGAGAAGCUUACCCUCAUGUCUCUUCAAAAUUUAUUGAGUCACUUGCUCCUCAAGUUCAACGGGAGGUAGUCAGCGUGUACACUGAUGCUCUGAAGCUGGUUUGGUAUGUCUCGCUCGCUUUUGCUGCUCUGGCGUUCAUCAUUACCUUCUUUGAGAAGGAGUUGAAACUACGAACCGAGUUGGAGACGAAGUAUGGAAUCAAGGAUGCUAAGGAAGGUAAGGAAAAGGAAAGCGCCACUGAGGUCUAA